AUGGCCAACUCCAAUCUUGCAGCCUUCCUCCUCUUCCUUAUUUUCUUCACUUCAAUUCCCUUUCCUCACACAUCAGCAUCCCCAAACGACGUCGUCGCUUCCUACAUUUGCCCUAACACCAGAAAUCCCCCUUUCUGCUCCAAAAUCGUUCAUUCCGCCGCCACCGCAGACCUCAAAAUCCUCGCCGGCUACACCCUCAACCUCGCCCGCGCCACCGCCGGCGACGGCCUCCGCCUCGCCCGGUCGCUGGCGGCGACGGCGGCCGAUCGUCGGCUGAAGCAGCGGUACUCCUCCUGCGCCGCCAACUACGACGGCGCGUUCGCCCACAUCGGGCAGGCGCGGAAGUAYCUGGCGGACGGCGCCUACGACUACGUCGCCGAUCUGACCUCCGGCGUGGCGGCGGCGGUGGAGAAAUGUCUGGGGAAGCUCAAACUGCCGCCGCGGGGUCCGUCGGCGGUGACGAAGAAGGGGAAUACUGUGGAGGAUUUGUGUAGCAUUGUGUUGGUUUUGGCUGAGCUUCUCCCCGGAACAGAGAUCGAGAUCGAUGGUAUUGGAAACUAG